UUGUAUCCCAUUCCCUUAUACCAUCAAAAUUGUCAUCACUACCAGAAUUCCUUGAAGCCAUGGAAACUUCUCAUCCUCUUUCUAUUGAAAGCUUCUCUUAUAGUUGGUUAGUUAACCUGAAGCCAUCACUAGAAAGCCUAGAUAGCUCCCUCAGCACCUCUCUUGAUGCUUAUGAUGAAGCUUCUUUCAUUGAGAUGGACCCAAGACUGCCACCCUCUAAAAGAUUCUUCAAGAAUUCUCAAGAUUUCAAAUUUGACUUCCCAAUUUCACAGUCACCUCUUAGUCUUGUUGAUGCAGAUGAGCUCUUUUCCAAUGGUUACCUUAUGCCUCUUUUUGUUGAAUCAUUGAAGAUGGAUGCAUAUGAGGCCUCAGAUGCUGCUAACCCAAACCUACCUUCUUCAUCACAUGUACCAAAAAGUGUUUUUCCUAAUGGGCCUUCUAGAUGCCCUUCCUUAAAAAGGUGCAGAACAUUAUCAAGGAGAAUAUUUCAGAAGUAUCUGAAUUUCUUAAGGCCCUUGUGUAGAAGAUUGAGGGGUCACAAAUCAGGUUCAGAUCCUGAAACUGUUUUUAGAAGAACUAAGUCAGUAAAGAAUAGAGGAUACUAUUCUGAAACAUCCCCACGAAUUAGUGUAGCUUAUUCUGCAGAUGACUGGCGCAAGUCCUGUGAUUCCGAGAGCUCAAUUUAUGAAGCAGUACUCCAUUGCAAAAGAUCCAUUGAAAAGAUGAGUUAAGAAUGCUGCAAAAGGGUAUUUGAAGAUCAAAACUGAAAGAUAAAAGGAAAGCAGAUAAGAGCAAGAGUCCAAACUAUCAUCAACCACUCAUCCUCUGUCUUCAUUCUCCUCUGCUUGAAUGAUAAUGGAAUGGAAAUAGGAAAUAAAUAUGUGGUUGGGCAAGACAUUGUUCAAGUUUUUAUGAUCAAAUUCAGAAAAAGACAUAGUACAAACUUUUUUUUUUUUUUUUAAUCUUGUUUAGAAGAAACACUUACACUGCAGAGGUGAAUCU